GCGAGCGCGGGCUGGUUGUUCGCUGCUGCGCGGGGCCCGCCAUGAGUUUCCUCAUCGAUUCCAGCAUCAUGGUCACCUCCCAGGUGCUCUUCUUUGGAUUUGGAUGGCUGUUCUUCAUGCGCAAGCUCUUCAAGGAUUAUGAGGUGCGACAGUAUGUUGUCCAAGUCAUCUUCUCAGUGACUUUUGCCUUCUCUUGUACUAUGUUUGAACUCAUCAUCUUCGAGAUUUUGGGAGUGCUGAACAGCAGCUCUCGAUAUUUUCACUGGAAGCUGAACCUGUGCGUCAUUUUGCUCAUCCUAGUCUUCAUGGUACCCUUUUACAUCGGUUACUUUGUUGUGAGCAAUAUCAGAUUAUUGCACAGACAGAAACUGCUUUUUGCAUGUGUUCUGUGGUUGACAUUUAUGUAUUUCUUCUGGAAGCUAGGAGAUCCAUUUCCCAUCCUCAGCCCAAAACAUGGAAUCCUGUCUAUAGAGCAGCUCAUCAGCCGCGUGGGUGUGAUUGGGGUGACACUCAUGGCUUUGCUGUCAGGAUUUGGUGCUGUCAACUGUCCAUAUACUUACAUGUCCUACUUUCUCAGGAAUGUGACAGAUGCAGAUAUUCUUGCUUUGGAGCGACGCCUCCUCCAGACUAUGGACAUGAUUAUUAGCAAGAAAAAAAGGAUAGCAGUGGCUCACAGGACAAUGUUCCAGAGAGGGGAAGUGCACAACAAACCCACUGGCUUCUGGGGAAUGAUAAAAAGCGUUACGACGUCUGUUGCGGGCAGUGAAAAUCUGUCUCUUAUCCAGCAAGAAGUGGAUGCCCUAGAAGAGCUGAGCCGGCAGCUUUUUCUUGAAACUGCUGACCUGCAUGCAACAAAGGAAAGAAUAGAGUACUCCAAAACUUUCCAGGGAAAAUACUUUAAUUUUUUGGGUUACUUUUUCUCCAUCUAUUGUGUCUGGAAAAUCUUCAUGGCAACCAUCAAUAUUGUGUUUGACCGCGUGGGGAAGACAGAUCCAGUCACAAGAGGCAUUGAGAUCACUGUGAAUUAUUUGGGAAUCCAGUUUGAUGUGAAAUUCUGGUCUCAGCACAUUUCCUUUAUUCUUGUUGGAAUAAUCAUUGUCACCUCUAUCAGAGGCCUGUUAAUUACACUUACGAAGUUCUUCUAUGCCAUUUCCAGCAGCAAGUCCUCCAAUGUUAUUGUUCUGCUUUUAGCACAGAUCAUGGGUAUGUACUUUGUAUCAUCGGUGCUCCUGAUUCGAAUGAGUAUGCCUCUAGAGUACCGCACUAUUAUAACAGAAGUCCUGGGAGAGCUUCAGUUCAACUUCUAUCAUCGUUGGUUUGAUGUAAUAUUUCUAGUUAGUGCACUAUCCAGCAUCCUCUUUCUCUACUUAGCACACAAACAAGCUCCAGAAAAGCAUAUGGCCCUCUAAGUAAGGACUGCAGUCAAGCACUGCUCUCGUGUCCUUUCUGCUGGACUGUUGCAACUCCUGUGGACUGCAAAAUUUGGAGAGCCAGGAUGGUUCUGUGUGUUCGAGCAAUGUCACUGGCUCUUUGAACUUCCAUGUCUUCAAUCCAGCUCUGUGGCUCGUUUUAAGGUGCUACAUCGUGAAGGAAAGGGAAUGCACAUAUUGCCAAGGAAUAAAGGGAAUUUGUGGUAUGCCAGUAUCUAGGGGGCUGUAGGCUGUCUGAGGUAAGGCGUCUUGGAUUUAGAAGAACUUCUUCAGAGAAGGCAUCAAGCAAAUGUGAUUUUUUUCUUUUAAAAAGCAACUCAUAAUUGAGAUUCAGAGGGUGGUAAUUUUGGAGCUGAAUGUGGGAGUCUGUGGAAUUAAAUAAGCUUUUGUAAUACCUCGUGCAAGCAUCACAGUUGUUUUUUGUCAGCUCAAAAUAUUUGUUUGCAAGUGAGCUAGAAAGUGGCUGGAAUUUACUACCUGGCAGAAGUGAAAUGGAGUGAACUUGAAAGGAUAUCAUUAGUACUUGCUGUCCUUUUGAGCUGGAGCUUAGCUCUCUGUUGCUGAACCUUAACUUUGUUUAGUAUGUAAACAAAACUGAGGUGUUGGAUUCCUGUUUGCUGGAGUUCAGCAUGAAGUCAAAGAUAACAGCUAUGCAUUGUUUACCUUACAUGUUAUAAAUGUGUUGACCUUAUAUGCUGUAAAUCUGGUGUUCCCCUCAACCUGUAUAUUCUUCUACAGUAGCCUGUUUCCCCUUUCUGAUGCCAUUCAAGGCAUAAAUUUUAUUUAGAUAACUUGAACUUGUAGCUUCCCAUAGACACACUCCCAGGCUUUGUUUAUUACAAGAUUGUUCUGGAGCAUAAAUCAUAGGUAGGUAAGACUAGGACCUGGGGAAAAAAUAUAACCACUGAAAACAAUUUAAUUCUAUACCGUCUUUGGUGUACAGGAAGGAGACAAAGCAUACAAUAGCAAUAUUGCAGAGCCAUUUAUAUCACGACCAAGACAAUGUGGUGUUGACUUGGAAUUAGACAGGACACACAACUGAAUUACACUUCUAAACACUAUGAUCCACAAAUGUAGGCAGAGGAGAGAGAACAGUGCUUAAAGGUUUUAGGUUUUGAGUUAUUACUUAUGAGGUUAAGUUAAUGUUUGAAAGAAAUUUCUGCAAUGUUAGUAGAAGAAAGGAGUGUAUUGCACAGAGUGUAUUAGUUUAUGACAUAUCAUAGCGAUUGCACUGCCAUAAAUACGGCACAGAUCGUCACCUCCAGGAUUGUGUUAAUGGGUUUAGAUAAGGAGAACUGCCUCUCAUGGGAGAUGGUGAGAAAUCAGUUGGUCUUCAUUAAACGCUUAUCCUUAAAAGGCUCACGUACUUAGGAAUUUAUGACCUGUUUCCUCCCUUUGCUGCAGUAUACUUAACUAUGUACCUCUAAUUAUUAAAGCCUUCACAGUAGUAAGUGGCUUACUCCACAUUUUACAAGGCAGAAAGCCUUGUACAGUGCAUGAAGUACAGUUGCAGUGUGUUAAGUGACUGCCGGAUACACUGAAGUGCUUAUUUCAGGCACCUGCAUUUUAGCAAGACAUCACGGUCCAUUACAGGUCUGGUACUUGUAUGGAUAGUCAAGUCCUGGAGUUGCAGUAGCAAAGCGUGAUUGAAGAAAGAGAAUUUGGAAGAUUUCUUGUUUAUUCUCAACAUAGUUGGUCUCCUCAGAACCUUGUGUCAUCGCUGCUGUCACUGUCUGCUCCUGCUGAGGCAGCUGAUUGUGAAGAGGAAGAUGAGCUUGCCUGCAGAGGAGUAACAAAUACGUUCUGGUUAUUUUUAGUUUGUAAACAUGCUGGUCUGCAGUGUUAUGAAGGACUCCUGUUUUAAUCUGCACUAAUGAUACACUUGUUUCGAUGGCAUAAUGAGCCAGUAAAUGUGACUUUUGUCAUUGAAGUGCUUUCUCGUUAGCUAUGUUUUAGAGAGAAAUUUGUUUAAUAGAAGUUUCCUAUUGUUUAAUUCCCGUAUCUGAUGAACUUGCACGCAAAAGCAGUGCUAAUCUUCUGACAGAACUUCGCAAACAAGGGUCAUGAAAAAUAGAUAGAAAGAUAGGAGGCAGUAUUGGUCUUAUUUUUCCUGUCUGUUUCUCUUGCAUGAUCAAAAAGAAGCAUUUAAGUACUUAAGGCUGACCACAAAGGAGGUUUGAAAUGACUGUUUCAAGAGGAAGUAUUUUGCUGCUCUUCUGACUUCUGUCAUACUUCAGAUUCUUUUUACCGGCAUAACGUGAGCAAAAUUAUUUUAAAUCUACACAUUUCCUUGAAAAUGCUAUCAUAACCUGUCAGUUGCUCUUUCUUCUAAGAAAAAACCAACUGUUUUGAGAUAUUUCACCUAAUUUCUCCAAAAGCAGGUUAUGCUUCUUUGUGUAUUUAAGGACUUUUUUUUUGCACUUAAAGGACAGCAUUGCCUCAUUGGGGGUUGCAGUGUGUAGAUUGUCUCAUUCCUUGAAGUCUCUUGUGUGUGCAUAUUUUCUGUAGUUUAAUUGCACAUUGAAGAUACCUGCAUUCUGCGUGGGGGAAAGAAAGAGUUGUUGACAGUAAUCAUAUCACAGCUUCCCUGCUGAUAACUCGGACUGACUUGUAAAAAUUGAAGAUCCUAGCUCGGUUGUACACAGCAGUUACAGGAAGCUCUUUAACCAUCUCCUCAGUGAUCUCUCGGCAUUUGUUUAAUACAGCAAUACUUACCCUUUCUCUCGGUUCAGGUGAGGUUCUCUCUGACUCUGCUGCUGAGGUUUCUGUAUAAGCAGGAGGUUCAGAAGUGUCGUGGACUGGGUCUGCCAUAGAGUCUGUGAUGCGGAUGUUCUCGUCCUGGAAGUAUUUGUAAGCAUCUUUACUGCACACCAGUAGCGUUAUUUUAUCGCCGCUCUCUUUGAUUCUUGCCACGACGUUGUCAUAGGGCUCAUUCGUCACAUUCACCCCAUUCACUUCCACCAAAACAUCGUUAUUUUCUACCCCUGCUACAUCAGCUGGUCCGUGUUUUUGUACCUGCAAAGGCAAGUUCAAAGUGUGAUGUUAGCAUAACAUUGAAAAGAUGCUUUAGCAACUGGUGGUUCGCUAAGCUGUGAAAAUAAGCGUGGCAGGGAGAUUUUGGGGGCAGAAUUGAACUGGGAGAGAAAUAGGCCUAGAUGGUGUAACUUAAAUUUAACUUUACUGCAUUGGCGCAUUCUUUAGUGAUGUGUGAAACUCCUCCCUUCCAGAAAACAAAAGGCACAGAUGCAGUUUGAGAUAACAGAAGAUUCACUCUUUGUCAGCUGUGAAAUUCUGAGAAGUGGAAGGGAAACUUCUCUUACAUUUCCAGGGUAUUUUAUAGUUCCAAAAUCUGUAUUUAAAAUACUAUUUUUUGCAUACCUGCCCUAUAAAUGUAAAAAAAAAAAAAAAA